AUGACGACGGAAUACCCAGAUAUGGACUCUAGAGAGGCUUCAGUUCGACGUUCAUCAUCUAAGAGUUUCAAAGGAAUUGCCCGCAUAUUUAAGCCUGACGUGGCCAAGACCUGCAACAUGAAAAUACGGAUAACCUCAUUCCGGGAAAACCGCAAACACUAUUCCUCUGCACAGCAACAACGGCAGGCGUUACAGGAGCCCGAAAGCCUUUUGAGGGAAAUUCCAGCGCUAGACUUUCAAAAGCUGAAGGCUGAUCUCUAUGUGGAUUUGGCCUACACCAACAACCUGUUGCGACAGCGAGUACAUCGGGACAACUUGACGAAUCUGGUGGCCCAAAUCACUGAGUGUCUGCGGCUUAUCCGCUGUAGAGUCGCCACCGCGGCCGCCUACAUCCAGACAGACGGACUUCCCACCCUUCCCAUCUCUGUGUCCGCCUCAACCGUCGGCUCUGGAGCAGCAGCAUUCAGGUCGACAGCCAUCACUUCGAAACCUGAGAGGCAUUAUUGCAGUGAAAAUCGGGUAAUUCUUGAAGCAGUAAGUCGGUUCGAAAACGCAUACGUGGCGUUUGCCGGUUGGUUAACAGAACUGGCGACACUCAAUCCACCCCCAAUGGAAGUGCUACCCGUCACCCUGGGCAGAGAAACACCUGCUGGGCAGCCCUGUGUGAAUCCCUCCACCUCCACUACUGCCACCGCUACAACAAAGAAAGGCGGUCUUCGUGUCACCCUCCCCCUACCUGUCACUCGUCCUCCCUCCUCCUCAUCCUCCGCCCAUUCGUCUGACUCGCCUCGCCCUGACGAUGUGAUCACUCCUGACGAUGUUGGCGAGGUUAUGGCGCGUGGCAACGCCUGCUUCCUGGCCAUUCAAACCGCCGCCGAGGUGAGAAUUCACCCAUCUGUUGCAUUUAGCCUCUCAAUAAAUCAUAUUGCGCUAUUUUCAGCCAGUUGA